AUUCCUGAGGCUUGAGCAGCGCUGCUCCCAGCUACACCGGUAAGGAGGACUCGUUUGUUUCCCUGACAGACCAGAGAGGCUGCUGGCUUCUUGACCAUCCACUUCCCAGACCAUGGCCUUGCAGUGUGCUCGAUACCCCCUGGGGUCCUGUGGGACCCCCACCCACGGCAGCCUCCUGCUCCUGCUCCUCAGCCUCAGUUGGGUGCUACAUUCCAGGGCCCAGACUGCAGACACAGGACAGGGUGUCAUGAGCCUAUGGCUGCAACGCACCUCCCAGGACCUGUCCUGGCAGCGGCCUGAGCUAACUGUUAUCCUCCGGAGGGCCCUGCGGGGCACAGAAAAGAAGGCCUGCCCGCCGGGGAGGGAGGUCCAUGUGGUGGACGAAGACCUCAUCUUCUAUAAGGAGUGGGAGCUGGAGGCCUGUGUGGACGGGGCCCUGUUGGCCAAGCAGAUGGACCGGGUGAAUGCACUUCCCUUCACCUAUCAGCAGCUUAACAUUUUUAAGCAGAAAUUGGACCAGCUCUACCCACAGGGGUACCCUGAAUCCCUGAUCCAGAGCCUGAGUUACUUCUUCCUUGAGGUCACCCCCGAGAACAUCCACAAGUGGAAUGUGACAUCCCUGGAGACCGUGAAAUCGCUGCUUAAAGUCAGCAAAGGGCGCAAAGUGGAUGCUCAGGUGGCUGCCCUGAUUGCGCGCUAUGUGGUGGUAGGGGGCCAGCUGGACAAGGCCACCCUGGAUAUGUUGUCCAGCUUCCAUCCUGCCUACCUCUGCUCCCUCAGUCCUGAGCAGCUGAGCUCUGUGCAACAAGAUGUUGUGUGGGCGAUUAGGCCCCAGGACCUGGACACGUGCCGCCCACUGCAGAUGGAUGUCCUCUAUCCUAAGGCCCACAUCGCUUUCCAGAACAUGAGUGGGUCCGAAUACUUUGCAAGGAUCAAGCCCUUCCUGGGUGGGGCCUCCACGGAGGACUUGCGGGCUCUUAUUCGGCAGAACAUAAGCAUGGACAUGGCCACAUUCAAAAAGCUGCGGAAAGAGGCCUUGCUGCCAAUGACCAUUGCCGAGGUGCAAAAACUUCUGGGUCCAAACCUGGCGGGCCUGAAGGUGGAGGAGGGGAACAGCCCGGUUCGGGACUGGCUCUUGCGGCAGCGGCAGGACGACCUGGACAGCCUGGGGCUGGGACUCCACGUUGGCAUCCCCAACGGAUACCUGGUUCUAGACCUCAAUGUCCGAGAGGCCUUCUCUGGGGCCCUCCACCUCCCUGGACCUGGACCUGCGCUCCUGGCUAUGAUCCCAGCUCUGCUCCUGGCUUUGAUCCAAAACUGAGCCCGCCUGCGGGGGACUGAGGCCUGCCUGGUGGAGCCCCGCCUGGUGGGAGCAGGUCUGAGUGGGCCCUGCCCCACCCCAGGGGCCUGGAGCUCAAUAAAAGAGAACAUAUUCACCCUC